ACUAUUUAUUGGGUGGCUUUGAAUUAUCUGUAAUAAGUUAAAAGUUAAAUAUGGACUAGAUUCCAUCUAAUCAUCAAAACAUUCCAUUACACAGAUAACAACAGAAAUGUCUCAACCAACGAUCAUGCGUUUAAUGGCUUUGUCCAUUAAUACUGCUAAACGUGCUGGAAGUAUUAUAAGAGAUGUUAUGCAAAAGGGUAAUUUAGGCAUUGUCGAAAAGGGUAAGGAUGACUUGCAGACCGAAGCAGAUCGUUCGGCACAACGUUGCAUCAUAGCGUCCUUGUCCAAAUCGUUUCCUGAAAUAAAGAUUAUUGGAGAAGAAGGCGGUUCAGACCUUAACGUCAAUAACGAUUGGUUGGUUACAAAGGCAGAUGAGGAUUUUUUAACGAAUUCAUGUCCGAAACAGUGGCGUGAUAUAAAGGAUGACGAGUUUGUCGUGUGGGUAGAUCCUUUGGAUGGAACGUCGGAAUAUACCCAAGGUUUCCUCGAUCAUGUUACAGUUUUAAUUGGAAUAGCUGUUAACAAUUCCGCUGUAGGCGGCAUAAUACAUCAACCCUACUUCAAAAAUCCUGGAGGAGAAUUGGGACGAACUAUUUGGGGUUUGAAAGGAUUGGGAACUGGUGGUUUCGAACGUCUUUCACCACCGAAAGAUAAAUUCAUUGUUACAACAACCAGAUCACAUUCCAAUGCAAUAGUGCAGGCUGCAUUAGAUGCUCUUUCUCCCACUGAUAUUAUUAAAGUAGGAGGCGCCGGGUAUAAGGUAUUGCAAUUACUGGAAGGAAAAGCGCAUGCUUAUGUCUUUGCUAGCCCAGGCUGCAAAAAGUGGGAUACUUGUGCUCCGGAAGCUGUGUUGGAAGCGCAAGGCGGCACACUUACAGAUAUGUUAGGUAAUCAUUAUUCUUAUGGUUCAGAUGUCCUCCAUCCCAACGCCCAAGGCGUUCUGGCGACAAAUGGAGAUGUGUCCCAUGCUAAUAUUAUUUCAAAGUUACCUUCUAAUGUCUUAGAGGCUAUGAGAAGCAAAUGUUAAUACGUUGUAUUAUAUUAUCGAUGUUAUUAUAAAUAAAAACUAAUUCUGAAAUAACCGAA